GCAGCGAAAGAGCAACCCAACCCAAAUCCCUCACUCCGUACAGGAAAGCAGCAACAGAAACAGCUGCAGCAGCAGUAACGAGCGCUCCUCUUCAGCCCGGCCGCCACUCAGGUAGCAAAGUCAACUCUCCCGCCGUGUCGAUCUUGGUCUAGAAGAUUGUUUCCGCUGCUAGGCAAUUAGCUUCAGCCAACCCGAACCUGCACACCACCACCAGCCGCCAACUCCUGUCACCAUGCGCCUCGCGUUGCCGCUGCCCUUGCUGGGAGUCGCUGCCCUUCUCUGCGCCGCGCUGCUGCUGCCCGCUACUGCCCAGGCGGGGGAGCCUGGCGGGCAGCGACGGAAAGGAGUGAGCGGACAGGGAGGAGGCGGCGGAGUGGCGAAAUGUCCCUCGUGCGACAAGAUCAAGUGCCCCGAGCUGCCGAAGGAAAAGUGUCCGCAGGGGUUCGUCAAGGGCCCGUGCAGUUGUUGCAAGGUUUGCGCCCGGGUCGCUGGCGAACCGUGCGGAGGCAGUGACCAGGGCCGCUGCGCCCUGGGCUACGAGUGCCAGAGGCCGCAAGGUGCCAAGAAGCGCGGCCACGGCGAGUGCGUGUGCAAGGCCCCGUACCCCGUGUGCGGCUCGGACGGGAUCACCUACAGCUCCGCGUGCGAGCUCAGGGCCGCCGACUGGAGGGCGCAGAGCCGCGGGGACGCAACCGUCACGCAGACCGGCAAGGGGCCCUGCGGCAAGGGUCCCUCCAUCGUGACGCCACCUCGCAUCGUGUGGAACGUGACGGGAUCGCAGGUGUACCUGAGCUGCGAGGUCAUCGGCAUCCCCACCCCGACCCUCACCUGGAACAAGAUCGUGAAGAGCGCCGUGGGAGUGGAGCGCAUGGAGCUUCUGCCCGGAGAUCGGGACAACCUCGCCAUCCAGACGCGCGGAGGCCCCGAGAAACACGAGGUCACGGGAUGGGUUCUGAUCUCCCCGCUGCUGGAGAGCGAUGGAGGCGAGUACGAGUGCCACGCCAAGAACUCGCAGGGGGAGGCGGCCGCCGUCGGCUCGAUCCACGUGGCGGCCAGCGCCGACCUCAUCCCCAGGGAGCACUCCACGGCCACCCAGAAAGAGGAGGAACUCUAAGUCUUCCUCUGCAGCGUCGCCGCCGCCGCCGCCACGGGAGGGAUCCACACGACGUGGCCACGAGCAGCACUUCUCAUGGCACGCGUGCGGUGGUCAAGCGACGACCCGUGUCCAUCCCCUAACCAUUUACACCACGGGCACAUGUAACUGUCAUUUCUGCCGUAACUGAAUUACCAGCACAAGAGGCAGGAUGAUCCGACACCUAAGUAGCAAAGGGCUCCUUUUUUUUUACUCUGUAAAUCGUUCCAACCUGCUGUACGAACACAUUUUAAGUCCCUUGCUCGACUAAGUGUGGAGCAGUGAUUCAUCUCCAUCGAUAAGCUCUUAAAACCAGCGAUAGAAAUUCCACAUUGCACAGAUAAGAGCCCAUUCUCUCCAAAGAACCACUGUUCAUUUCCCACAUCUGCCCUGGGAGGAAUGGUUUCUAGGGCCACAUUCACCUCUCGACCAUGCAGAUGAAACAACGGCUUGUCGAUUUGCCGCGGGGCAUGUGUUUGACAAUUAUUGCGCAAAUAAAAAGACAUCCAUAGUAGACGAAUCUGAUCCAGUCUACACAUAACCAAACGACGAUUUUAAAAUGUGUGGGUCAUCUGCUCCAUUGUCCAUCGCUGUAGUUCCGUUACCGCGAGAACUGACUGCGUGCUACUUUAAACAUUAACUCGUUCGACGAGCAAUAUAUUUUUUAUUUGCAAAUGCAGCUUCUAUUAAUUACUGCACUUAAACCUCUAGUUGCGAGAGUGUGUAAUGUUAACGGAGAGGCAAUACACACAAGGUUUUGGCAUUAUUGAUGUAAAGCAGACAUCCGAAGAUGCCAUUGUACGCAAGGCACGAUGGUAAAAGCCACGUUUUGGUGCUAUUAUAAUCUCGACGCAUUCAUAUUAAACUUACACUGGUGGGGGGAUUUUGUCUUAAAGCAGGUUUGGAAGCUUAAUUUGCUUGCAUCUUUUUGCAAACGAGUCGUUUUUAAAACCGUUUAACGCAAGAAAUAUAACGACAAAGUGAUUCUUUAAUAAAAAAGCAAUAAACUAUAAAAAUACA